CUUUUUCUACUCAGAAUGGGAGCAGAGAGCCCAGCUUCUUUCCGUCAAAUGGAGAUCUGUACGAGUCUCAGAAGAACUCAAGUAAUGAAGAUACUCUUAGCGCUUGUAAUGCUGGGAUUAAUGAGCUCGAGGGGAGCAGAAUGUAGGAAAAGAAGGGUUUUGGAUUCCUUCGAUUACAGUGCCAUAAGUUGCAGAGCACACAGUGCGUCAUUGACGGAUUUCGGAGGAGUCGGCGACGGAAUAACGUCGAACACCAACGCCUUUCAAUCGGCUAUCAAUAGUCUCAGCCAGUACUCUUCUGAUGGUGGCUCUCAGCUGUUCGUUCCCGAAGGCAAAUGGUUGACGGGAAGUUUCAAUCUCACCAGUCACUUCACUCUCUAUCUCCACAAAGACGCUGUCCUCCUCGCAUCUCAGGACGUGAGCGAAUGGUCUGUGAUCGAUCCUUUGCCAUCGUACGGUAGAGGAAGAGAUGCUGCAGGUGGACGAUAUAUCAGCCUCAUCUUCGGAACAAACCUCACUGACGUCGUAAUUACUGGUGACAACGGUACAAUAGACGGUCAGGGUCAGAUAUGGUGGCAAAAAUUCCACCAGAAGAAGCUGACGUACACUAGGCCCUACCUAAUCGAGAUCAUGCACUCGGAUCAGGUUCAGAUAUCCAAUCUAACGCUCGUCAAUUCUCCAGCCUGGAACGUCCAUCCCGUUUACAGCAGCAACGUUGUAGUGAAAGGAAUUACGAUCACCGCCCCCAUCACCUCACCAAACACGGAUGGAAUCAAUCCAGAUUCUUGCUCGAAUGUGAGGAUAGAAGACUGCUACAUAAUAUCAGGAGAUGACUGUGUAGCCGUAAAGAGCGGUUGGGAUGAAUACGGGAUCGCCUACGGAAUGCCAACCAAGGGACUCAUCAUCAGACGACUCACCUGCAUCUCUCCAUACAGUGCCGUCAUAGCGUUGGGUAGCGAGAUGUCAGGUGGAAUCCAAGACGUCCGUGCAGAGGACAUCGUAGCCAUCAAUUCGGAAUCUGGAGUAAGGAUCAAGACCGCAGUUGGAAGGGGAGGAUACGUGAAGGACAUAUACGUAAAGGGUAUGACGAUGAAAACGAUGAAGUGGGCCCUUUGGAUGACCGGAAACUAUGGGUCCCACCCAGACCCCCACUACGACCCAAAAGCACUUCCAGUGAUACAAGGCAUCAACUACCGUGACAUUGUGGCCGAUAACGUCACCAUGGCCGCACGGCUAGAGGGAAUCUCCGGCGAUCCAUUCACGGGGAUCUGCAUCUCGAACGUUACUAUCAACAAGUCUCCAAAGCCCAAGAAGGUGCAGUGGGUUUGCACCGAUGUGGAUGGAGUUACGAGCGGUGUGGUUCCACAGCCUUGUGCUCCGCUGACAAAGGGAGAUCAGUCGGCGGAAGGGAUCAACUCCUGUGAUUUUCCGACUGAUACGCUUCCCGUCGACAAUAUGGAGUUUAAAACUUGCUCUUAUAGUAGAAGCUACUUAUUAUGAAUCAGAAUUGAAAAUUGAGAGUUGAUACCUUUGCAAUGUAAUGUAAGUGUA